AUGCCCGAGCUGCGGCAGCUCAUGGACCGGGCCAGUCCAAAGGCCACGCUGAAGAAGGCCUGCACGGUGCAGCUCCUCUCGGACGACCCCGUGCUGCCUUACAGGCCUGAGGGCACCAUCGAACUGCAGCUCGAGGCUUCGGAAGCGGCUGAAGCGUGGCCGCUGGUGCCGGAGCUGCUGCAGGCGUUAUGGCAGCCCGCGGAGGGCGACGACCAGCCGAGCUGUAUGGUGCUGCUGUGCUGCUUCACAGCACCGCCCUGGCGCAACUUCGAAGCGCGCCGGCGAUUCGCUGCGGGCCUGCGGGGAAUCGACGAUCACUUCGGGGCGCUGUGCGCGCUGCAGAGCGCCUUCCUGGGCCACGCGCAGAGCGGCCGGGAGCUCCUAGCGCAGCUGCUCACGGAAAGCCUGGGCACGUCCCUGGCCAUGCUUGUUUUGUUUCGCGCCAAGCGCUGCGGUUCCCAUGGCGGACAGCGCUGCGGACAGCGAGCAAAGAUGAGGAGAGUGAUGCGGCGCUGGAUGCACGGCCGAUCCUCGGUCUUCGAAGACGGCGUCGUCACGGCGACGCGCUAG